CACGCCAUCGCGCCAUGGGCCGUCCGCCAAUGGGGCGCCGCGCUCCCCGCCCCGCGCCCCCUGAUUGGGCGGCAUGGGGAGCGCUGCCGCCACCUCCCGGGCCCGCCCCGGGCCGCGCUCAGGGAGCGCCCGGGGCCGAGCUCUCCUGAGCGCCUCCGAUACCGCCCUCUCAUACCGCGCUUUGCCGAGGCAUUAAAAAGCCUGUACGUUCCCAGCUCCUGCUUAUGGGAAGCUGCGGUGCUCCUGACGCCCUGGGGAAGCGGUGGGGGGAAGGCAAAGGCAGUGUAAUAUCUUUAUAUUUGUGGCUUUCAGCCAGAGACGAAGUGCGGUUUUUGGUUCAUGAAGCAUAGGAAGCUCUGAGAGACCCACCAGGACGCGUUCGUGUGUAAUCUCUGCUAGGUGAUCUUUAGAUGGUCUCCAGAAGUCCCUUCCAUCUCUAGCGAUUGUGUGGUUCUCUUGGGCACCGAGUCACGGGGCUGCAAAACAGCACUGCAGGGUGGCAGGGGCCGUUCCGUGCUCCUGGGGCUGAGCAUACUUAACUGCAAUACAAAUACCUGCAACGGUUUUUGCGGUGCAUGAUCCGCGCCCCGGCUUUCCCCAGACUGCGUCUUACAUGUGCCACCUCGCUUGGAAAUAUUUCUAGUAGCUCCAAAUGACACUGUGCCGUGAAACAUUAAUGUGAACCUCAAAAAAGGAAGUGCUGAUGAAAAGGUUUCCGAAGAACUCCACCCAAACUAGUUGUUGUGAGUGAUGAAAUCGUGCCAGCUCUUUUAACCUGUAAAUACACUUUUCAUUCUCAUCUUCGAUAUGAUGUUUCUAAAUCUUAAUAAUUUACUGCUGCAUAUCCAUCACCCCCGAUAGCUUCUUUACUGUUUUUUUUUCAGUAUCUUACCUUCAUUACCUGAAAAGUGUAAAGUAUUAGCAGUGAGAUUUCUGGACUCUUUGUUGCUAUGUGCACCAAUUGCUAUAACUGCAUAUGACUAAAACCAAAACAGCAAUCCAUACAGCUUCAACAAUUAUACGUAAUUCACAUAUCAUUUAAGAUGACCUUUAGUAUUUCUGCUCAGUUUUCUGCUUUUUCCAUAAACAUGAUUUAGCAAAUACUAAAAAUUCUACUUUACCAAGGUCACUGGGAGCAGGCGUCACUAUGGUGAUUUGGGGUUUGUAGUCUCUCCAAGUACAUGCCACCACGUGCGCUAACAUUGAGUUCUUGCAGCUCUGGUGGUGGCCUGCCUCCAGCCUGGCCUUGGGCACAGCGCUGCCACCCUGCCCAGGAGAUGGCCGGCAAAGCUGAGCCAGAACGGCUCUGCCUGAGGAAAACUUUGAUGUAAUUGACAGACGACACUGAAGAGUGCGAAUGCAAAUGCUGAAAAUACUGUCAACUAAUAAUUUGGUUAUCUCAGACUUGUUCCCGCUCAUGAGCACAUUCACCAUUCCUUGGUAGCAAUGAAGUAAGCUACUUAACCAUGGCAGAGAAGUGUUGCCAAUUUAGGGACUCUCUAAACUCGGACACAGAGCAUAGUUUAGAAAGGAAACAUUGUUUAUUCUGUGCAGGGUACAUGGUAGAGUUUUCCACAAAUAAAGCACAGCAAUCCUUGAAACUUAGCACUAUGUGUAUAUAUAUAUAAGCCAACAUCUAAAUCACAGAUCAUCGGUUACAAGUUACUUAGUUCUCUAAUUAAUUAAUUAAUAAGAGAACUAAGUAGCUCUGCCUUCUAUUGGUUGAAUUAUUCUCUUCUUUCUCAUGCUAAUGUUUCUGCAUGCUCACCGUUCUCAAGUAGGUGGGCUUCUUGAGAUGGUGGUUUGUGAGUUACUGGUCGAAAUCUCUCACUGCAAGACUCAAGAGCCCGAGAAUUGGCACCAGUCCAUUGCAUACAAACAGCACCUGUGGCUCCAGCCAGGUGACAAGAGGCACAGCAGUAGCCAACAACUCAAUAGGAACUUUUAGUCAGGACCUGCAGUGAUGAGACAAGGAGCAAUGGGUACAAAUUGAAGGGGAAUUCAGGUUAGGUAUUAGGAAGAAAGAGUUCCUGUGAGGGUGGUGAGACAUUGGAAUAGGUUGCCCAGCAAGGCUGGGGAUGCUUGGAUGCUGGCUGUGUUCAAAGCCAGGUUGGACAAGGCCCUGAGCAACCCUGUCUAGUGGGAGGUGUCCCUGCCCAUGGCAGAGGGGGUUAAGCCUAAAUGAAUUUUAAGGUCCCUUUCUACCCCUUAAUAUUCCAUGAUUCUAAGACCCCAGACUAUGCAGUCAAAGCCCAAGUAAUCCUUCAUUCAGGGUCCCCCCUUUGAGGCUGUCUAACUGAUAAGACACUGUUUUGCAACCCCCUUUCACUCUCUGUAACUCUCUGGGCAGAUGACUGUUUCUGACUCUGGAGAUGCCAACGUCAGAAGCGCACACGCUCGGAGGAGCGAUCACACACAGCACGCUCUUUGCGGGGACUCCGCGCUUCUGGCGAGCGCUGCGAGCCCGCUGCCACACGAGCGGCAGCGCGGCCCGGCCACAAGAUGGCGGCCGCCGCUGAGGGGGGAGGGCGGCUGCCCGAGGAGGCGCCGGGAGAGCGGAGCGGCCGCACCAUGGAGCGCCGCGGGAGCGACGGCGACAGCGACACGGACAGCGACGAGACUGUCGUGGAGGGCUCUGUGCCGGAGAGUGAUGUGGAGGAAGAGGAGUUCCGUAGGAGGAGGUUGAAUUUUCUUAACAAGGAUAUUGCUUUAACAACUGAGAUAAGUAUUAAUAAAGGAGCUUUUUCUCCAGAAAUCUGUUUUAUACAGAAAUUUGGUGACCACGCAUAUCAUCAUAAGGCAGAACAGAUAAAACCCGUGAGUCCACCAAUGGUACUUCAAGAGGCAUACACAAUUUCUGACCAGUCUCAAUCCCUACUGAAGGAUUGGAGAAGCCAUUCAUCACCUACUGAAAAUAUUUCUAAGCCUUGUUUUUCAUUAAAUUCUGCAGCAGAAGAACAGAAAAAUAAUUCUGAAGAUAUCAAAUUGAAUGGAUUUCAAAAGGAUUUAGAAGAAGAGAUAUCACAAAAAUUAAGUAAUAAAGAUUGCUGUCCAGAAAUAAGCUGCUGUCUCCAUGAUCCUGUGGAAGACAUAAUAACAGUUCAAGAGGAACAGACACCAGAAGAUAUAUUUCCACAUGUUUUAGAUAAUUGCCACAGAACCUGCAUGACCAUUAUUGACACAGAUAACGGAGUAAAAGAGCAUUCUCUUAAUAACAACACAGAUCUUUCACUGUCAUCCCCAGGGAAGAUUGUCAUGGAUGUAUUCACUGAACAGAAUUUAGAGACUAGUGAAGUUGACGCCACUGAUUUGUUGAGAUACCCAUGUGAUUCUGAGAGUCUUAAAGUUAAAAACCCAUUGCCUGACAAGUUAGAGUGUCAGGAUCAUGCCUGUUCCAUCGAUCCAUCAGCAACUGAGAGCAAUGAUGCCCUGCCAGUAAAGCUUGUGGUGCCUCUGAAUGCCUUGUCAGGACCAAUGGUACAAGCUGCCAUUCCUGUAAUGCCAAAUGAGAGCCAGCUCAACACCAAGGAAGAGCAGCUAAAUUCAGAAACCAGUGUUCUGCAGGUAGAUGAUGACUAUACGCAAAUAACAAAUGUCAUGGAGCCUCGACUUGCUGCAAUUCAGGUGGAAGAAGUAAAUGCCUUCGCAGGAUCUAACUUGCAGAGUACAACAAAUGAGCAACCUGUGGAUGCUCAACAGAGAGAGGAAGAAGUAAUGUCACAUUGCUUGGAUGCCACCUUUAGUGAAAAACAAACUGGUGAGGGACAUUCAUAUUCAGUGGAGCCUGCAGCAUGUGCAGAAGCAGCCCAAACAGCAUCAAGUAAAAUUCAGAAAUCUUCUGAAGACAAGCAGGAUCUAGAAGCCAUCAUAUGGCAAGAAAUAAUUCUGAAUGAGUAUGCGGAAGCUAAUCAGAGGAGAAGGAGCAAGAGAAUUGACAACAAGCGAAGACGAGAAGCCUUUGGUAGGAAUUCCGUAAAUCCAGCUCGCCCUCUUUCACUUUCAACAAUCCACAGGAGGAAUGCGUAUGGUGAGAACUUACUACAUAGAGCUGUUACUCACCAAGACAUAAACCUUGUUCGUAGGAUAAUAAAAGCCGGUGGAAACGUAAAUGCACAGGAUUAUGCUGGCUUGACUGCGCUACAUAUAGCAAGUGUGGAAGGCUUUUAUGGGAUAGCAAAUCUGCUUUUGAAAGCAGGAGCUGAUGUUAAUGCUACACAAAAGGAACAAAUAACACCCUUGCAAGAUGCGGUUAAGGAAGGCCAUUAUGAGAUGGCAAACUUAUUACUUUGGUAUGGAGCUGAUCCCUUAUUAAAAAAUCAGAUGGGAAGGUGUGCAUUAGAAGAAGCUUCUGACCCAUCUAUGAUGAAACUUCUUAAAAGUUAUAUGGCGAAAUCCAGAAGAUACUCAGUAGCAGGUGGAGAUGAUUCUAAGAACGUGUUAAAUACUCAGUGUGUAGAAGAUACAAACCAGCACCAGAAUUUAUUACAGACACAGGAGUCAGAACCAGCAUGUGCAAAACCUCAGAAGACAAGCCAAAAAGCAAAGGCAGCCUCAUAUUCCAGUAGCAGCAAUAAGAAGCUUUCAUCUUAUCAAUCACAAUUGAGUCUAGCAUCAGAACAGCAAACAUCUAAGUCAGAAUCUACCAGGGAAACAGCUGUAAUUGUCCAUGGUACCUGUAAGAGAAGAGCUGGGAGAAAGAUGAAAAUUAGGAGAAAUGCAAAAGGGGAAACUCAGCUGCAUAUUGCUGCUAAGAGAGGAGAUGUGUCUUUGGUGAAGACUCUGAUAGCAUCUGGAAUUUCUGUCAAUGAACAGGACAAUGCAGGUUGGACAGCAAUUCAUGAGGCAUCUAAUGGAGGAUUUACUGAUGUGAUCUUAGAAUUACUGAAAGGAGGUGCCGAUGUUAACAGCAGAAGUCUCUGUGGUGUUUUACCAAUACAUGAUGCUGUUUCUGGCAAUUAUUUGGAGGCAGCCAGGAUUCUGCUGCAGCAUGGAGCAAAUCCCAAUGAGAGGGAUGGUUCAGGAGAAAGUGCUUUGGAUCAAGCUUGUGAUGAAGAAAUGAAAGAACUGUUGAAGUCGUAUGGUGCUAUGGACUCUGUACUUCCUGUUCAAACUGUUGAAGUUACUGAGGGGAAAUCAAAACGUCAUUGUUAUGACUGCUCUAAAAAUGAUGAUGCAGCUUUGGAGACACAACAUGAGAAAUACAGCGUGGAAUCUGUUGCUGCCAUACAGGAUACAGAAAGGAAGCAGGAAGAACUGUUGCUGUUUGAGUUGAGCACUUCGAAAGAUGCAGAUGUGUAUAUCCAAAGGCUGUCUCAGAUACAAGAUACUUUGAAUGAAAUACUUGCAAAGCAGAAAACAGAGAGGGAUACCCUUGCUAAAAAAUACAGGGCUUCAGUGGAAUCGUUUAAAAAAGGUACACUAAGAAAACAAUUAGUUAACCUUGCUUCUAGUCAAAAGAGCCUGUUGACUGUUGCCCAAAACCAGGAAAAAUUAGUUCAGAAAUUAAAAAAUUACAGAAAAACAAAUAAAAUGUUCAAUUCAUCAUCAGAGAAGCAAAUCUCAAACUUAGUUACUCUUCAUGGAAGCAAUACAAGGCGAAGUUUAACUGCUAAUGAAAUCAUGUGUCCUAAUUCAGUAACACUUAGUGUGGGGCUUGGUGCCAGCAGGCCUAAUGGAAACAGAGUAGAAGCACAUGUCUCUUUAGAAAAUAGAUUUUCAGCUCAGGAAUGCAUGCAGCAUCCACACAUCUGCUUGGAUGAGACAGGAGCAAAUAAAGAAGCAAUUACAAGCAAGGACGCUUCUGAUUAUGCUUUGGCAUCUGAAAACAGAGUAAGAGAAUAUGCCUUUGACAACAUGUCAAAGCUGACAAAUGCUGCAGAAGUGAUGACAUUGCCUUCAGAAUCUACUAUUUCCACUGCUAAAACAAAGUGCUCACAGCAAAAAGACAAUUGUGUGGCAGUUGUAGGACAAAGAAACAGGUCUUUGAAUCGCACUUCAAUGACCAACACAUUAAAUAUUGUAGAACCCCAAAGCACUGUUGUCAGUAAGAAUGUCUAUCAGACAGGUGUCUGCAAGCAGAUUCUUUCACAUGAAGAUCUGCACAGAUAUGUGAAUAAGAGAGAAGCUUUCCAGCAGCAACAGCAGCCACAGCAAGAAAUUUUAUUAUCAUCUACAAAGAGCUUCUCUAAUACUUUGCAGGAAAUGGUCUUUCAGAAUAGUGAGAAUUCAUUUAAUGCCAGCCUGAUGCUUACUAAUCUUUCCUCAAAUACAGACUCUCCAGCAAAUAUCAGUGAGAAAUCUUCACAGAGUUGUGGUAAUCAGGAAUGGGAACAAAACCAAGUGAGAUGUAGAUGGAAGAGUAAGAAAAAGCAUAAUUUGAUAGAUCUUCUUGAAUUGGGGAGGAUAAAGCCUGGAGAAAAUGUUUUAGAAUUCAAACUGCAGGAAUUUAGUCAUAAAGCUACACUCUUGAAGAAUGGCAAGAUCAGAACCAGUAAAGGACAAAUACUGCAGAAUCCAGUUCAGUGGGUUAAAGAUCUACUAGGAAGUGAUAUUUCUGUAACAUGGAAGUAUGUGUGGAAUAAGGUUACAUAUCUUGGGACAGAACUGUCAAAAUUUAGUGUUGGUGAAGUGUCAGUUUCCAGUGACCUGGAGUUGCCAACACAGAAAGGAAAUCCUUUGGGCUCUUCUGUCCAGUUCAACUCAGUGGAAAGCCUGACACAUUUUCUUCAAUUCCAUGAGAUAGUAAUGGCACAUAAAGAGGAAUUUCUACCAUGCUCUGAAAUGGAAAAGCACUGGAAUUUCUACAAGGAAUGCAAAGAUUUUGGAUUCUAAAGACUUCUUGAGUGCUAAUGCAUUUUUCUUUGCCAUCACUUAAAAGUAAACGUUUGAGCUUUUAGAACUAAGUGCUUUGCUGCUGUCAUUUUGAUAAAUCGUUUGUCCAGCACUUGGGAUGAUGGAAAAUUUGUUUGGGUGAGGAACAGGGAAGUAGUUAGUAGCCGGCAAAGAUAACUGUCAGUAUUUACUCUUGCACUGCAAGAUUAAGAAAUGGGGAAGUAGAUAGAACUUAGACACUGAUCCUCAUUGUGAAUUGUAUUCCAGGUAGAUUACUUUUAAGUUGAACUUUUAAGUUUUAAUUUCAGAUUAAGUAGCUGCCCAUGAUUGAUGAGGCAGGACAGAAACAGGCAUCAGCUCUCACAGUCACUUCUUACACUUAAACCUGGAGCUGCUGUGGCUGCUAUCAGAAAUGGCAGUGCAUGUUUGUAUAAUAACAUAAAUUGUUAGGUUAGGCAAAAAAUCAAGAUGAGCAGCCUUGAAAAUCAUCAGCAGCUUUGCAUUAUGUGAUUUAUAUAUAUAUAUAUAUAUAUAUAUAUAUAUGUAUAUAAACAUUUGAGGAGGGCAGGUGCUCAGAGAGGUUAAAAGAAGAAUCUUAGCUAUUGGAAGUGCUCAGGAAAUUCCAUUAAUGUUCCAAACAAAUCUCUCUGAUGGGCAGAAAAUGUGCUGGCAUAUGACAGGAAAUGCAAUUAGCCUGUUUGUAGAACACGAAUUUCUCCAGGUAACAACAUCUUAGAUAUUCAUCCCAAUCUCUGAGGGAUUUCUAUUUGUUUUAAUUUUACAAUGUUUGAAUCUGCUUUAGCAGCAUAUUUGUAACAGACUUGACUGUUAAGAGAGUUAUCUGCAUUCAAGUGAUAUUCUUGCUCUUUCGUUCUUUGGAUUAGAAGGAGAGAUAGAAUAAUAGUACCUGCUACUCCUAACUCCAGUAAAUAGGAUGGGAGGUAUCUCCUGUUACUACAUAAUGUCAGCAAGCUAUUUGGAGUGUGAAGAGCUCUUCUGCAAAGAGAGAUCUGAUUAGUGUCUUAAACAGAAGUUGGUUUAGGGAAGUGAGAGGGGUCUGAUAUGCAGAGAGCUAGUACUAUGCCCUAGGAUGCAUGAGCAAUCAUAGCCUGAUGGGCUGUAAGAAGAAAGAAAUGCCAAUGGCCUGGAUGUCAGAAAAGGUAAAAGCUGCUGAGUGACAGGUAUUUUGUAAAGUCAGUUUCACAAAGAAAGAAAAUUGAGUGUUCUCACAACUACAGCAGCAAAACAAACCUGAAGGCAUAUUGUUUCAAAGGAAGUGCUCAUUCAAAUACUGUGCUUUCUCUGAAAAGUAAAAGGUAUUUGACUAUUAAAAUGACCUCUGAAUUACAUGUUUGUUUCACAUUUUUUCUUUGUUGCAAGAUGUCUAAUAAAAUUAAUGUACAAAA